AAGGAAGAUGGGAAGAGCACCUUGCUGUGACAAAGCAAACGUGAAGAAGGGGCCAUGGUCUCCCGAAGAAGAUGCUAAACUCAAAGAUUAUAUUGAAAAAUAUGGUACUGGUGGUAACUGGAUCGCUCUUCCGCAAAAGAUUGGCAUAAAGAGAUGUGGAAAAAGCUGCAGACUCAGGUGGUUGAAUUACCUAAGACCUAAUAUCAAGCAUGGAGGAUUCUCUGAAGAAGAAGACAACAUCAUCUGCAGCCUCUAUAUUAGUAUCGGCAGCAGGUGGUCCAUAAUUGCUGCCCAACUGCCUGGGAGAACUGAUAAUGAUAUCAAGAACUAUUGGAACACUAGGCUGAAGAAGAAAUUGCUUGGAAGGCGGAAACAGUCUCAUGCUAGUAGACUCACUGGUUCAACCCAGGAUCCCAAAACUGGGAACGGACUGGAAACACUAAGCAGUUCGGCCAUUGAAAGGCUCCAACUUCACAUGCAACUCCAAAGCCUUGAAAACCCUAAUAUUCCUCACUGUGCUAAUCUAACGAUGUGGCCGUGUAAGUUGAACCCAAUUCAAGAGAAGAUGAUGCAGAGUCUUCAACUUCUAAAUGAAUCGUCAAACCCUCUAAUGAUGCAACAUGUUUUACCCGAUUCCCCUCAAAAGGUUGAACUUUAUGGACAAAUAAAUAACUGUCCUCAACAAGUGUAUUCUCCGCAGAGUAAUAUAAUGAUCAACCAAAUGGAGGGUUCCAUCAAUGGAAUCAACAUUCCUGGAUCAUCGAUGCAGGUACCAGAAUCAGAAGGUACAAAACAGCCAAGCAUGGAAUUACAGCAGUUUUGGGCAUUACAAGCUGAAAUCGACGAGUUCUUGAGCAAUAAAGCAGCUAAUUCCGUAUUGUUAGAUCAGGCACAGACGAAUGAAUUUGACUGUUUCAAGGACAUGGAUGGUGCUAAGGACAUCAUGACGUGGUGGUCUAAUGAGUUCAAUGCAAAUUCAGCUUCCUCAAACUCCUGGGAUUCAUAUGGUGUCCUAGACCGCCAGCAAUGAAAAAUAGUACAAAGGUACGUAGCAACGAAAAACUAAAAGAGGCACGAGGGAUUGGAGUUAGCUAAGGCUUAUUCAGAUUUAUUUAUCAUGAUAAAGUGGAGGCGAUGGAGGAGAAAUGGUAAAUGAUGUUGUAAAUUUGUGUAAUAAUGCUAUGUCUUUCUGGUUGUUAUAUCAAUAUAUACAUUGGCAAAA